AUGAAGUCUUCGGUACGAAUCCUGGUGCUCGAAACCGAUUACCCUCUCGCCCCCAUCCACUCCACCAGAGGCAGUUACGGCGAGAUAUUCGGAAAGCUCUUUUCCAAAGUUGGCUCGGAACUCGACCCUCCAAUCGACGUGGAAACAGUGCCCUGCUACGUAGUGGGACACGAGGACCCCACAUCUAAAGAAACCGGCGAAUUGCCGGAUAUCAAAGAGGUCGAGGAAUACGACGGCAUUCUUAUUACGGGAAGUAAAUAUGACGCCCAUGGCGACGACCCUUGGAUCCAUAGGUUGAUUGAAUGGAUUAGAACUGCAUGGGAAUCUCAUCCACAUAUACGCUUCUCUGGCGUCUGCUUUGGGCACCAAAUAAUAUCCCGCUCCCUUGGGGCCCAGGUCUCGCAGAACCCAAACAGCUGGGAGCUCGCGCACACUCACAUCUCGUUGACCCCACUGGGACAGGCCCUGUUCUCGACUGGAGACAAGGGGUCGAUAUACCUCCACCAAAUGCACCAAGACCAUGUCGUUGAUCCGCCGCAUCAUUCGACCUCGAAUGGACUGUUGAAGGAGCACAACAGGGUGCAUGUGUGGGGGGAGAGUAAGGACUGUAAGAUCCAGGGGCUUUAUAUACCGAAGCGGAUAUUCACCUCGCAGGGGCAUUUGGGAUACGACGAGGAGAUGGUGAAGAGGAAUAUUGAUGCGAGACACAAGAACGGAUCGGUGGAGACGGAACAUGCAGAAGAUGCAAAGGAGAGGGCGGGGAUGGAGCAUGAUGGAGAGGUGGUUGCGGGAGCGAUUUUGAGGUUCUUCAAUGGUAGGGAUGACCGUAUUGAAUAG